AUGAAGUUACCAAUGUUUUCCGACAUACUGCAGAGCUGUCGAUUCUUCCAUAAGCUCGUUUGCAAGAUUUCAUGGUAUAUGGCAUCCAAGGACAUUCUUUCAGUAAAUAGAGCUCUUUAUUCAUGGCGUCACUCACGGCUGUUCACCACCGCAAAGCCACCGUCGCCGCCGCCAGGAAAAACCCAUUUUGGUGGCUUGAAAGACGAAGAUCGCAUUUUCACCAACCUUUACGGUGUCCAUGACCCUUAUCUCAAAGGAGCCAGAAGACGUGGCGAUUGGCACAGAACUAAAGAUCUGGUGAUCAAAGGCACUGAUUGGAUUGUUGAAGAAAUCAAGAAAUCCGGUUUACGUGGCCGCGGUGGUGCCGGAUUUCCGUCCGGCCUCAAAUGGUCGUUCAUGCCGAAAGUCUCUGAUGGCCGGCCAUCGUAUCUUGUGGUCAAUGCCGAUGAAAGCGAGCCCGGAACAUGCAAAGAUCGGGAAAUUAUGCGCCACGAUCCGCAUAAAUUGUUGGAAGGUUGCUUGAUUGCGGGAGUCGGGAUGAGGGCGAUCGCCGCUUAUAUCUAUAUUCGGGGUGAAUACGUAAACGAACGGAUUAGUCUUGAAAAGGCUCGAAAAGAAGCGUAUGCUGCCGGUUUAUUGGGGAAGAACGCUUGCGGUUCAGGUUACGAUUUUGAUGUCCACAUUCAUUACGGUGCCGGUGCUUAUAUUUGCGGGGAAGAGACUGCACUUCUCGAAAGUCUUGAAGGAAAACAAGGAAAACCGAGAUUGAAGCCGCCUUUUCCAGCAAAUUCGGGUCUUUAUGGCUGUCCAUCGACUGUUACGAACGUGGAAACGGUUGCGGUUGCACCCACAAUUCUAAGGCGUGGGGCCGAAUGGUUCGCGGGUUUCGGGCGGAAAAACAAUUCGGGGACGAAAUUGUAUUGUAUAUCCGGUCAUGUGAACAAGCCGUGCACGGUAGAAGAGGAGAUGAGUAUGCCGUUGAAGGAGCUAAUCGAGCGGCAUUGUGGCGGUGUUAGGGGUGGCUGGGAGAAUCUACUGGCGGUGAUCCCCGGUGGUUCAUCGGUGCCGUUGAUUCCGAAGAGUGUGUGCGAUGAUGUGUUGAUGGAUUUCGAUGCACUAAAAGAAGCCCAAUCAGGAUUGGGAACCGCGGGCGUUAUCGUGAUGGAUAAAUCGACGGAUAUCGUUGACGCGAUUGCCAGGCUCGCAUACUUUUAUAAGCACGAGAGUUGCGGUCAGUGCACGCCGUGCCGAGAGGGCACGACGUGGCUAUGGAUGAUCAUGGAACGUUUGAAGAUCGGGAAUGCAAAAUUGGAGGAAGUCGAUAUGCUUCAAGAGUUAACGAAGCAAAUCGAAGGGCACACGAUUUGUGCGCUCGGGGAUGCCGCGGCUUGGCCCGUUCAAGGUCUCAUUAGGCACUUUCGGCCCGAACUCGAGAGACGGAUCAAGGCGCACGCCGAUAGAGAGCUACGACAAGCGUCUAAGUGA